CCUGCAGCUGAGCUUCAAGAACAUGUGCAAGCUCAAGCCGCUGCUCAACAAGUGGCUGGAGGAGACCGACUCGUCCAGCGGCAGUCCCACCAACCUGGACAAGAUUGCGGCGCAGGGCCGCAAGCGCAAGAAGCGCACGUCCAUUGAGGUGGGGGUCAAAGGCGCGCUCGAGAGCCACUUUCUCAAGUGUCCCAAGCCUUCUGCGCACGAGAUCACCGGCCUGGCCGACAGCCUACAGCUAGAGAAGGAGGUGGUGCGUGUCUGGUUCUGCAACCGGCGGCAGAAGGAGAAGCGCAUGACCCCCGCGGCCGGCGCGGGCCACCCGCCCAUGGACGACGUUUACGCGCCUGGGGAGCUGGGGCCUGGCGGGGGCGGCGCGUCACCACCCUCUGCGCCCCCGCCACCGCCUCCGGCCGCGCUGCACCACCACCACCACCACACACUGCCCGGCUCAGUGCAGUGACCCUGCGGGCUGGGUUCCCCAUCGGCGCAGCGGUGCCUCCGACGCGCAAUCAGCCCGCGCGGUCUGGACUCUUUUUUUGUUGUUGUUGUUCUUUAUUCAGUUGCUUUGGAUUUUACAAAAAGGAAAAAAAAAACAGAAACUUUUAAACAAAACCAAACAACCCCGGACCGAACCCCUCUCUGGCGAGCGGCGAAGGGCGGCCGAGAGGCUGUGUCGCCCGAGUCCCGGGAGAGAGCAGCGAAGAUCCGGAAUGCGCCAACUCACUCUGGGCGCCCUCUGCCCACUGCCUGCUCCCUGUCCCCAUACCCUCGACGACCCCUGCCCCUGCCCCCGGGCUGUUCGGGGCCGGAUCCCGGCAGCGGCCUCCCCACAGCGAAAGGUAACGCGGUGCGGGGUUAGGGAUUCCCGGGAGAAAGUACGAAGAGAAAGGAGAGUCCCCCGCAGCUCUCCCGGGCGCGGACUCCCUGUAGCCUGCAGGUCACGGGUGGGGGACUGUCACUUUAUUCUCUCCGCGCCUCUUCUCUUGCACCAGGAUGCGCCCCAGCCCCUCACCCUUUCUCCGGGCUUGUUUUUUUUUUCUUUUGUUUUCUUUUUCCAUUUUUUGCGGUUUUUAUUUAUUCGUGGAGCCUCUAGGUUCCUGGGGUCCUUCUAACUCCGCCCGCGCCCUUAAUUUAAAUCGCUGUAUACUGUAUUUAUCGGGGCCCCGGAGGGGAGGCCACGAGAGCCGCAUCUGUGUAUAAAAGCAGGAAAUAGCCAAAGCUUUAAUCUAGCCUAAUUUAUUUUCCCUUUCUCAUACCCUUUCCUCCUUCCUCCAAGAACGCAAAACAAAAACAAAAAACUAACAAAAAAAAUUUUGAGUGUUCAUUUUCGUUUCGUUUUACCCGAGCUCUCGGCUCGGUUCCUGGCCUAGCGGAUAGGGUCUGCGCUCCCACGCACACCCGGGUGGGAAGGGGCAUCUCCACCCGCAAGACCGAGCACGCACCGCGGGCCGCUGCUUCCCCGCCGGGCCCUGCCCCUCCUGGCCUUAACGAACGAAACUUGGAAAAGUUGGAACUAUUUUUUAACCAGCUGUAGAAAUAAACCAUUCCCCCAAGAACCUUCCGCCUAAUUCCCUACCGCUUCCCCCUGCUCUUUCCAGCCCCCUCGGGAUGCUGGGGGAACCCUGGAGAGAAAUUCUCCAAAUUUGGGGUGAGGUGGGAACCAUGUAAAUAUGUGAGAUAUGUACACACUGGCGGGGGGCGGGAAGAAACAUUUUGUGCUUGGUUUUUAUUUUUUGGUUUCUGGGUUGUCCCUCCCCGGGUUUUGUACGCCCGACUAAACCGAAAAAGAUAUUUUAAUAUGGUUUCCUGAUUUCUGACCCAUCUCUAUUUAUUUUCUGGAUGUGUUUGGAGCUUCCCCCUUCACCAAUUCUACAUCUGUUUGUUAACGUUUGAGCUUAAAUUUUGUUAUUUUAUUUUUAUUAUUUUGGAACAAUGUUUGGUGCAUUCUCUUUGUAUCUUUAUUGCAAAAAAAAUAAUGUAGACUGGGAAGUUCCCUUUAUAUUUAUGUUAUAGUAAAUAUUUUAUUACUCACAUAAACAUGUACCCCAGG